GCUCGGUGAGGAGAGGGCGGAAUCGCUGCCCGAGGGCUGUCCCAGCACCAAGGGUUUCACCUGUGUCCUCUUGCGUGGGAAGCGGGACAAGUCAUCUGCCAGAGACCAGGCGUUAAGGGACCAGAAUGGCUACACCUCCUCCUGGUUGCUUCUUCAGGGACCUGGGAUCCAAAUACUAUAGACUUUGUGAUAAAAAGGAAGCCUGGGGCAUUGUCCUAGAAACAUUGGCAGCGUUUGGAGCCGUGGUCUCCGUCAUCUUCAUGAUCACUCUCCUGAUCCUCAUUUCCAGGGUGCAGGACUCCAACAAGCGAAAAGUUCUCCCGACCCAGUUUCUCUUCCUCUUGGGGGUGUUGGGGGUCUUCGGCCUCACCUUUGCCUUCAUCAUCAAACUGGACAAAGAGACGGGGCCCACACGCUUCUUCCUCUUUGGCAUCCUCUUUGCCCUCUGCUUCUCCUGCCUCCUGGUGCAUGCCUUCAACUUGACGAAGCUGGUCCGUGGGAGGAAGCCCCUCUCCUUGCUGAUGAUUCUGGGCCUGGCCGUGGGCUUCAGCCUGGUACAGGAUGUCAUCGCUGUUGAAUACCUUGUCCUCACCAUGAACAGGACCAAUACCAAUAUCUUUUUUGAGCUUUCUCCUUUUCGUCGCAACGAGGACUUUGUCAUGCUGCUCAUCUACGUCCUCAUCUUGAUGGUGCUGACCCUCCUCACGUCCUCCUUCACCUUCUGCGGACCCUUCAGUGGCUGGAAGAGACAUGGGAUGCACAUCUACCUCACCACACUCCUCUCCAUCGUCAUCUGGGUGGCAUGGAUUACCCUGCUUUUGAUUCCUGAACCUGGCUCCCAGUGGGAUGAUACCAUCCUGAGCUCAGCCUUGGUUGCCAAUGGCUGGGUUUUCCUGUUGGUUUAUAUUGUGCCUGAGUUCCUGCUGCUCGGCAAACAACAGGACCCCAGGAAUUACCCUGUGGAGGGUGAUUUUUGUAAGCCUCGACACAUGAAGCAGAGCACUGGUGUGGAGAACAGAGCCUACUCUCAAGAGCAAAUCACUCAAGGUCUUGAAGAGGGAGGCAACACACUCUAUGUCCCUUAUUCCACCCAUUUUCAGCUGCAGAAUCGGACGCCCCAAAAGGAUUUCUCCAUUCCAAGGGCCCAGGCUUGGGCUAGCCCUUACAACGAUUAUGAAGGAAGGAAAGAGGGCAGCUAACCCUGUCCUGAAGAGUGGGACAACCACAGCAAACAGCAGAACCAGUGGGGAGUCCAAAGGGACGUGGGCUAAAUCCAGAGUCUUCUAAGGAAACUGUAUGGAACAUUAUAGGAAGAGCUUGCCUCCCUCCCAGCCUCACCCACUCCUAUUCCGCACUGAGGCGGUGAGGGUUGAUAAGACUCCAGUUCUUAGUAGCAUUGUAGUAGGUUUCCUUUGACACAUACUUAGGAUACUUCUUUUAAGUGGGAGUCUGGCAACUCAGGAUUGUAAUCUUGCUAUUCCCUGUCAUUUUACAUGACUAACGGCCUGGUCAUCUGAUCCACACAUUGACUCAUUCAGCUUCAGGCACCAAUUCAUCUAACUCAAGGCAGGUUUGGGGAGGAUUGCUUGGCCCAGAGCAGGACUGCAAAUCUGAGCACAAACAGCAAAGGCCUGUCUCAGCCCCAUCCCACCUAAAUCUACACUGGAAGCCAAUUUCCUGGCACCCUCCCUUCUUGCUAAGGCAGGAGAGGCUAAAGGUCACCCUAAUUUUGCUCAUCUCUAUGGCACUGCCUAGCACAGGGCCUUUGUGGCUUCCCAGCGGCAGUUCACAGGCCACCAUUCUCUAGUACCUUUCCUAAAUUUGCUGUUAAUCCCCAGACCUAGUCUUCCCCAUAUGCUUUACCAAGAGUUCUCCCGGACCUCAUUAUCGUUUUGCAAACCCACUUUAGCUUUGCCAGAAUUUGUGCCCUGUUCUUGCUGUAAAUUCCUGGCACUGGAUCCUUCUCCCAUCCCUUGAUCCUCAGCCUCUGUAAAUAGAUUUACACUGUAUUCCCCUCUGCAGCCUGUAAGUGGGCAUUGUCCACUAAUGGGGUAUUGUUCAUUGUGUAAUAAGUUAUUUGCUGUUCCUCACCUGGAAUACCCAAUAAAGAUGUGGUGACAACUCUCCCACUGUGGCAACAGCUGUGCAAGUGGUGGGCAUUAGGCACUGAGGUGAGAAACAGCUGGUUCCCCUGGUGGGCUUCCUGUUAGAGCUGAAGUUCUAAGUUCAAUUCCACUGGGCUUGUCCCUUCUCCACGUGUC